AACUGUCGCCAUUUCCAAGGCGCUCAUUGCGGCUCAUCCUCUGCGGUUUCUGUCGGUAAAACCAAGCUGCGAGUUGACACAAGGUAAUCCCCACCGUGUGAGGCAGCGCCCCCCGUAUGGAGGCGGGGUGUCAUUCAUUUUCCAAUCGGUGCUAUAAAAAGAGGGAAGUUGCAAGUGUUCUAACUUCAGAGCAGGAGAGCAAGAACGGCUCACACGUGUCGGGACUUUUCAGCUGCAGACACGAGAUCCCCCUGUUGCUGGCCAGGAAGGAAGAAACUGGUGAAAACCAACCAACAAUGAACACUGUCAAAGCUAUUAAAAAUGCAAUAGUGUGUCUUGUUUUGCUUCCUCGCUUUCUCGUGGCGGCCGUGCUGUUUUGGCUGCUGGACUUUCUGUGCAUCAGAAAAAGGGUGUUUUUCAGGAUGAGGCCACACGAAGAGGGAGAUGCCAUAGACCCCCCGCUGUGCAUCUCCGACUCCAACCGAUUGUGCACCCUGGAGUCCCUUAAGGCGGUGUGGCACGGGCACAAGCUGGACUUUUUAAAAGCUGCGCGUCUCGGAUGCGGAGCGCCCAACACCGAGGUGGUGCAGCUGCGCGACCAGAAGCGCAGCCGCGUUCUCGAUUACGCGCAGGGCGACCGGCCGCUCAUCCUUAACUUCGGCAGCUGCACCUGACCGCCGUUUAUGGCGCGCCUCAAGGCGUUCCACGGCCUCGUACAGCAACACGAGGACGUAGCGGACUACUUGGUGGUGUAUAUCGAAGAAGCGCACCCCUCGGACGGGUGGGUGAGCUCCGACGCGCCAUACCAGAUCCCCAAGCACCGCUGUCUUGAGGACCGGCUGAGCGCAGCACAGCUGAUGCGCCUGGAGGUCCCCGGGUGCGCGGUGGUGGUGGACAACAUGGAGAACGCGACCAACGCCGCGUACGGAGCAUAUUUUGACAGACUUUACAUACUUCACGAUGGUAAAAUAGUGUACCAGGGCGGUAGGGGUCCGGAGGGUUACCGGAUCUCUGAGCUAAGAGACUGGCUUAAUCACUACAGACAAACACUGCUGCUUGAAAAGCCUAAGGUCGUUAUGGAUGUUUAGAACUGUUAUAGAAAUGUGAAUAAUAGGCCUACUUAUUUCAAAUCUAACUGAAUUUUUCUCUCACCAUCCUAUGUUGUAGCCUUUAUUUAUGUUGUAUGUUCACGUCACAAUUGUGACGGUGUUUUGUUUUCAUUCCAUCUCAGUCUUUUAAAAGUCACCUGUUUGCUAAAAAGUAAUAUUUUGUAAGCCAGUGUCUUGGAUUUUUUUGCAAAAUGUUGUGACAUUCAAUAACGUGGACGUUAUUUAUCUACCUUGGAAUUAGUAUAAUUAAUAAAUAGCUAAGAAUAACACAUUUUUAGCAAUCAUCAUUGCCUCCAGUAUAGUUGUGAAGUGCGGUUUUUAAACGGAUUUAAACCACAGAACCGAUACUGAUGUUAUCAUACUGGAGGUGAUGGUAAAAACUUAUUUUACCCUAGGAAAUAUAGUGUUGAGUGGCAAGUACAUGUUACAGUUUAUUUUUCUUAUACACGCAGUAAACAUUUUUUGAUAUUUACAUUACACACCUGCGUGAUUGUUUGUUUGUCAAUUUGUUUUACACUUGCUAAUUGUUUUCAGUUUCAAAUUUAAAAUCGAAUAUUAGACCCUGAUUAUUGUAUUGUUAUAUGACUUGAUAACUUUACAGGUAGUUUUUUUAGGUUUAGUAGGCUGCGGCUGGCUGAUUUUGUGUUUGCCAAUCGAUCCUCGUGAUUGGUCAGAACAAAUAUGAAAAGGCAAGGCAAGGCAACUUUAUUUAUAUAGCACUUUUCAUACACAAGGCAGACUCAAAGUGCUUCACAU